UCCACGUCUCGCUUUCUCUCUUCACAACUUCACUGCUUUUCAUAUAUAGAACGAGACUCGGGCAGCUUUUGAAAUGACACCCAAUACAUCACCUGUUUCGUUACUCAUUGUCGUUGGAAUAUAUUUAGCACAAGCAAGUUACUUGUCACCUGUAAAUGGAAAUGGUUUUUCUCUAAAUGGAAAUGGACAUACUAAUGGCGUAAAUGGCAAUGGAGUUUACAGAAACGGCAAUGGGAAUGGUGCAUAUACAAAUGGUAUAAAUGGGAAUGGUGUAUAUACAAAUGGCAAUGGCAGAAAUGGAAAUGGUAAUGGCGCAUUUUCUAAUGGAAAUGGAAACGGCGCAUAUUCUAAUGGAAAUGGAAACGGUGCAUAUUCUAAUGGAAAUGGAAACGGCGCAUAUUCCAACGGAAAUGGGAACGGCGCAUAUUCUAAUGGGAAUGGAGGUAUAAAUGGUAACGGUGCGUACACCAAUGGAAACGGGAAUGGAGCCUACGGAAAUGGGAAUGGAAUCAGCGUGUACGCCAAUGGCAUUGUGGAUCCCUUCAGAGCUCUGGCUGAUGCCAUUGGCGGUAGAGGCGUCCCAGGUGUGGACUACCCCAUUCUGGCCUUCGUCCCUGCCACCGGGUUCUCGUGCAACGGCCAACUGCCUGGAUAUUACGCUGAUACUGCGCCUGAGGCUGGAUGUCAGGUGUUCCACAUUUGUCAGGCAGGAGGCAGAAUCGACUCGUUCCUUUGUCCCAAUGGCACAGUGUUUAAUCAGCAAUACUUCGUGUGCGAUUGGUGGUACAACUUUGACUGUUCGACGGCUGAACAGUUCUACGGUUUGAAUGCUGAGAUUGGUAAUUUCAAUGGAAAUGGAUACACAAAUGGUAAUGGUAACGGCAACGGAUACACCAACGGCAAUGGCAAUGGCAAUGGAUACACUAACGGUAAUGGCAACGGCAAUGGAUACACCAACGGUAAUGGCAACGGCAACGGAUACACCAACGGUAAUGGCAACGGCAAUGGAUACGCCAACGGUAAUGGUAACGGCAAUGGAUACACCAACGCAAUGGUUACAAAAACGGUAAUGGGAAUGCAAAUGGAUAUACCAACGGUAUUGGUAACGGGAGUGGAUACAGAAAUAGGAAUGGGCAUACAAAUGGUAACGCCAAUAGAUACACCGGUAAUGGGAACAGAAACGGUAAUGGUUACACCAACGGCAACGGUAAAAGAAACGGCAACGGUAACGGGUUUACCAACGGAAAUGGGUAUAAGAACGGCAACAGAAAUGGAUACAGCAAUGGGAAUGGAAAUGCUAACGGCAAUGGUUAUGGGAACGGCUACGUCAACGGAAAUGGCAAAGCCAAUGGAAAUGGCAGAGCGACGUAUGGUAAUGGAAUAA